AUGAGACUGGAGCAUCCACGGCCCAUUGAGGCAGAGCUGGAAGUACCAUCUCCAGAGCUCCCUCCAGCUCCAGCACCAGAGCAAGGGCCAGCUCCCUGGCUAGAUCCAGCUCCAGCUCUAGUUCCACCACCUGUGCUAGAGCUGGAGUUAGUGUCACCUCCAUCAGUCCCUCCAGGGCCAGAGCCACCACCAACAUCAGCUCCAGCCCCAGUGCCAGCUCCUGAGCUGGAGCCAGCUGGACCAUUGGCUCCAGGGAGAAUCCUCCCUCCACCUGGAGAGAUAACAGCAGAGCCAGAUCCAGUCCCAGAGCCCACCUGCCCCUGGGACGUGACCAUCAAGAACCUGCUGAGGGAGGAGAAGCCUGACUUCUUGGAGUUCCCUCCCCGGCUGGUGGCAGAGCAGUUGACACUGAUGGAUGUGGUGAGCAGCGGGGCUCUCAGGGCAGGUGGGGCCAGCCUUCCCUGUGCCAUCAGCUGCCCCAGACCUGCCAUUUCCUGAUCCAGAAUCCCAUGAUCUCGGUCCAACCUCUUGCUUCCCCACUUACCCUCAUGUGACCUGAGCAGCCUUCUUAACUCCCAAGCCUUUGC